AUGAAGCUAUCACUCACACCAGUUGCGAUGCGGAGAGGACUCGGAGGAGCAUUAGAUUCUACAGUAUUGACCUCUCGCUCAUCACGAUCCUCUUUUGCCGUUCAGAUUCAACAUUCGUCAUACCGUCAACACCCAUCCCGGCGACAAUUUAGCAACACUACAGCUUUGCAAAGCCAGGCCUCCCAGUCCCACAGCGAAAGCUCUUCAAGCAACCAAUCCAAUAUAUCCUCAUCUCGGUCCGAAUCCCUCUCCUCUACACCCGCGUCCUCAAUAUCGGAACAUGUCCGUCUCCUCAUGCGCCAAGUCCCAUACCCCGUCGCAAUUAUAACAGCAACCGAUCCCACUGGACCGUCAGACACAACCUCUUUUCGUGGAAUGACUGUUUCCUCCUUCAGUACCGUCACACUUACUCCACACCCCGUUAUAUCCUUCAAUGUCCGACGACCAUCCGAAACCUUGAAUGCCCUCCUAUCGUCCGGCCGCUUCCUUGUGCACCUCCUCGCACCUGGCCCGGAUACUGCUACGCUUGCCAGAGACUUUUCAAAGGGAAAUACUACAUUGGCAAGCAUGAUGAACGGCCAUGGAGACUUCGAGUUUGGCGCCUUGACCGCGAAACCGGACCAGGGACCAAGUCAAGAUCGACCACUCCCGCUAUUAAGACGGCGGGCUCAAAGCUCAGAACAAGGGAAUGUGGAUUUCCCCAUCGUUUUCGAAUGUACGCUUCACCCAAGUAAGAUCGAUGUACAUGAUCACUCGAUCGUGUUGGGUACUGUGGUCCGCGCGAUUGAGGGCUCUGGCUCUCAAGAGAGCAUUGGUGAGAACUCGCCGCACGACUUGUGUUUGACGUAUGCGAAUACGCGAUUCUGGAAGAUGGGGAGUGAGAUUUGA